AUGGACGGGUCAGAGGAGAAAGGCCCCAUGGAGGGCCUGCCCGCAACUGGUGAAGCAAUGGAGAGGGUUGCCGACCACGACGACAGAACGGACUGGAACGCAAUGCCAGAAGUGGCUGCAGUGCAAAGGACUGCAGGUGGAGGCACACCACUUGCGAGAAGGCUCGGAGUCACUUGGAGGAAUCUGACUGUCAAGGGUGUGAAUGCUGCUGCAUCCUUCAACGAGAAUAUUGGUUCUCAGUUCGUGCCGUCUUUCGCGAAGAAAGCCGUUGCCAACGCGGCCAAGUCGACCAAAACAAUAAUUGACAACUCGCAUGGGUGCGUCAAGCCGGGAGAGAUGCUACUGGUACUUGGGAGACCUGGUGCCGGCUGUACUACUUUGCUCAAAGUCCUAGCCAAUAGACGCGCUGCCUACAGCUCGAUCGAAGGUCAGGUCCACUAUGGGUCUAUGGAUCACCACGAAGCAACAAAGUAUCGAGCGCAGAUCGUGAUGAACACCGAGGAUGAGAUAUUCUGGCCGACACUCACGGUGCAGCAGACCAUUGACUUCGCGACCAGGCUUAAGACUCCCAAACACACUCUUGGUGAUUAUGCCUCAGCAGAAGAGGCUCGUGUAGCCAGCAGAGAUUUCCUGCUUAAUGUGCUCGGAAUCUCUCACACAGCCAAUACAAGAGUUGGCGAUGCCUACAUCCGUGGAGUAUCUGGAGGCGAACGAAAGCGUGUCAGCAUUGCUGAGACACUUGCUACCCGUGGAAGCGUGUACUGCUGGGACAAUUCAACAAGAGGCCUCGAUGCAAGCACUGCUCUGCAAUACAUCAAGGCAAUUCGCAAGCUGUCCGAUAUCUUCGGGUUGGCAUCAAUCGUUACUCUCUACCAAGCUGGAAACGAUAUCUACAAACAGUUCGAUAAGGUGUUGGUGCUGGAGUCGGGCAAACAGAUAUACUACGGACCUGCAACAUCAGCACAGCCGUUCAUGGAAGACCUGGGAUUUGUUUGUGCGGAUGGAGCGAAUGUGGGAGACUUCCUGACCGGCAUCACAGUCCCGACCGAGCGCAGGAUCCGCGAAGGUUUCGAGCUCACUUUCCCCAGGACAGCCGAUGCAGUGCUGGAAGCCUAUCAGGCCUCAAAUAUACGACCUCUGAUGGAGACAGAAUACGACUAUCCCACCACGCAGAUCGCAGCAAAUCACACGAAGGAGUUCCAAGAAGCUGCUGCGUACGAGAAGCACCCGGACUUCCUGACAUCUCGUUCUUCGGCUACAGCUUCGUUCGCUAUUCAACUCAGUGCCGCUACUAAGAGGCAGUUCCAGAUCCUCUGGGGCGACAAGACAAAUCUGAUUGUGAAGCAAGUAUCCAAUCUGAUCCAAGCCUUCUGUGCCGGAUCACUAUUCUACAAUGCCCCGGCCGACUCAUCUGGUCUCCUCAGUAAAGCUGGAAUCAUCUUCGUCACAUUGUUCUUCAACGCAAUGAUCGCACAGUCUGAGGUCACAGACUCCUUCGUCGGUCGACCAGUACUCGCGAAACACAGAGGGUUCUCAUUCCAUCAUCCAGCGGCCUGGGUCUUGGCACAGGUCGUGACUGAUAUCCCCAUUAUUCUUUGCCAAGUCUCUGCAUUCAGCUUGGUCGCCUACUUCUUGUCUAGACUCACGAGAGAAGCGGAUGUAUUCUUCAUCUUCUGGUUUGCGGUCCUGAGCUGUACGUUCGCGAUCACGGCACUCUUCCGGGCCCUGGCUGCUGGCUUCAAGACAUUUGAUGAUGCCAGCAAGAUAUCAGGCGUCAUCAUAUUGGCCACACUGCUGUACGCCGGAUACAUGAUCCCGAAGCCGGACAUGGGAAACUGGUUUGUCUGGAUUUACUGGAUUGACCCAUUCUCGUAUGCCUUCAAUGCGCUGCUGUCAAAUGAAUUGCACGGUCAAGUCAUCGACUGCGUUGGAUCCAAUCUUGUUCCAAGCGGCCCCGGGUAUGGCUCCAUCUCAAAUCAGGCUUGCACCGGCGUCCGCGGCGCUGCACCAGGGGCUGCUUUCGUCCUAGGCGACGACUAUCUCGACAGUGUGCGGUAUAGCCACGGAGAUAUGUGGAGGAACAUUGGCAUCGUAUGGGUCUGGUGGGCUUUCUACGUCGGACUGACCAUCUUAUUUACUUCUAUGCAACCUGUUGAUCAAACUCAGACCGGCGUCGCACUGAUCCCGCGAGAGCGAGCUAAUAAGAUAGCACGAGGGUUCUCUGACGAAGAGUCCGGCAUCAACGAGAAAGUCAUGCCACAGUCAAGCUCGAACUCCGACACCGAAGGCAACGAUUCCGAUUCUGAUGGCCUCAUUCGCAAUACAUCGACAUUCACAUGGCAGAACGUCACUUACACAGUCCAGACCCCUCGAGGACCGCGGGUACUUCUCAACAAUGUCCACGGUUGGGUAAAGCCAGGCAUGCUAGGCGCAUUAAUGGGUUCAUCUGGAGCAGGAAAGACGACUCUCCUGGAUGUUCUGGCUCAACGUAAGACUGAGGGCACAAUUACUGGCUCUGUUCUCGUGGAUGGAAAGGAGCUGGGUGUUAGCUUCCAGCGAUCUGCUGGCUACUGCGAGCAGCUUGACGUUCACGAGUCCCUAACAACUGUAAGGGAAGCCCUGGAGUUCUCCGCCCUGCUUCGCCAAUCUCGCACAACUUCGAAAGCAGACAAGCUGAAAUAUGUCGAUGUCAUAAUUGAGCUUCUGGAGAUGGAAGACAUCGAAGACUGUCUGAUCGGCACACCUGGUGGAGCUGGUCUUUCAAUUGAGCAGAGAAAGCGCGUGACGAUCGGAGUUGAAUUGGUGGCAAAACCAAGCGUCCUCAUCUUCCUUGACGAGCCAACUUCUGGACUUGAUGGUCAGGCAGCCUUCAACACCAUUCGAUUCCUCAAGAAGCUGGCGGCCGCCGGACAAGCUAUUCUCGUCACUAUUCAUCAGCCAAGUGCACAACUUUUUGCCGAGUUCGACAAUUUGCUACUUCUGGCCAAAGGUGGAAACACAGUGUACUUUGGCGAUAUCGGUAAAGAUGCAGCCACGAUUCGAAAGUACUUUGCCAAUCAUGGAGCACCCUGCCCACCAGGAAAGAACCCAGCGGAACAUAUGAUCGACGUCGUUUCUGACACGACUCAAGACUGGAGUGGAAUCUGGAAGGGCUCAAGAGAGUACAGUCAGAUGCUGCACCAUCUGGAUGAGAUCGUCAACGAAACCAAGCGAACCGUUUCCCAGUGUUCGAUGAUUGACGGAGAUUCUGAGUUUGCGAUGCCUUUAUGGGAUCAGAUCAAAAUCGUCACUACCCGCGCCAACAAAGCUCUGUGGCGUAACACUGGCUAUGUCAACAACAAGUUCAUGCUUCACAUCAUUACUGGACUGUUCACUGGCUUCUCCUUCUAUAUGCUGGACGACAGUGUAGGAGAUCUGCAGCUGCGCAUGUUCGCGCUGUUUAACUUCAUCUUUGUCGCACCAGGUGUGAUUGCGCAACUCCAGCCGUUGUUCAUCGAAAAGCGUGACAUCUACGAUGCCCGCGAGAAGAAGUCCAAGAUGUACAGCUGGAAGGCAUUCGUCACGGCUUUGAUCGUGUCGGAACUGCCGUAUCUGGUCAUUUGUGUCAUCCAGUACUUCUUCUGCUUCUACUACACAGUAGGACUGCCCACGGCGUCGAGCAAAGCAGGUGCUGUGUUCUUCGUCAUGCUCUUGUAUGAGUUCUUGUACACGGGCAUCGGACAAUUCGUCGCCGCAUAUGCUCCGAACGCUGUAGCUGCAUCACUGGCAAAUCCCUUGGUCAUCUUCACCCUCGUCGGCUUCUCCGGCGUAUUGGUCCCUUACUCUCAAAUCGUCGAUUUCUGGAAAUACUGGCUCUAUUGGAUCAAUCCAUUCAACUAUCUGGUCGGAUCAUUGCUUGUCUUCACUACUUGGGACAUCGAAGUCAGCUGCAAAGAUUCCGAGCUCGCUGUGUUUGACCCAGUGGGCAACCAGACCUGUGCAGAUUAUCUGGCCCCGUACCUGAGUGCGGCCGGCUCUGGUGCGAAUCUAUUGAACCCAUCGGCCAUUGCUGGAUGCCAGGUCUGCCAGUAUGCGACAGGCGCGGAUUAUCUCCGCACUCUCAACCUGAAGGAGCACUACUAUGGUUGGAGAAAUGUGGGCAUUGUGGCACUGUUCUGUGUCUCGAGCUACGGGCUUGUGUAUCUCCUAAUGAAAUUGAGGACUAAGAAGACCAAAAAGGCGGCGUAA